AUGGAUUAUUUUGCAAUUUCUCCUCUACGAAAGUCAUUUACUCCUAAGCCAGUUCUCCAAGAGAAAAAUGAAGCUAUUAAAUACUCCGCCACCAAGCCAGAGGCAUCAUCUCGCAUAAAAAGAUACCCAACAACUAGCAAACAGAAAUCUUCUCAAAAAUCAAAUAUUGAAAACAAACCAAAAUUAGAAGAUAAGAAAGCAGAAGCCAAAAAGGUAAGAGAAGAAGAAAAGAAAAUCAAAAAUGAAGCCAAAAAACAAAAAGAAGAAGUUCUCCAAGCCGCCAAACAAAGGGUACAAGAAGAGCGACUUCGAAGGAAAAAGAAUCAGCCUGAGCAGCCAAGAUCCAAAUCAAAGACCAUUAUCCAAGAAAAAGUUAUAUUGGAUAGGCCUAUAACCCCUCAACCAUCAACCAAAAAAGCUGAGACAACUGGAGAUUGGCUUAAAACAAGAGUUCAAUUAAUAGAGCAGCUGCAAAAUUGAAUGAAAGAGCUCGAUAAACAAGAAGACACAUUAUUAAAAGAUAUAGAAAAAACUUGCAACUCACAUAUAAUGUCAUAUAAGGACUAUGAUGCAAAUCAUCAGCCCUUGACUGCUAGAGAGUCUAUUAUGAGAUCUCCUUAA